ACUACUUUACAGGUCUCUGAUUCUAUGAAGUUGAAUUUAAACUAAAUCACAACAUGGCCAAUCGGGACGGACAAUUCUACUCUGUAAUCUUUUCUUCAUUCAUGAUAUGAUGCAAGAGCUCUGUAAAGGUGAAAUACAGUACAACUAUGUCAAAGCCUACCAGGAUGAACCUAUGGAGGACAUUGGCAAACACUUAGAGAAAAGCUCUCCUUUGCCCAUGCUCUGGAAGAAAAUUUGGGCUGUCCCAGAUGUGCUCAAUGGGAUUGAGAUCCGGGCUCUUCGCUGGCCAUGGCAGAACACUGACAUUCCUGUCUUGCAAGAAAUCACACACAGAACGAGCAGUAUGGCUGGUGGCAUUGUCCUGCUGGAGGGUCAAGUCAGGAUAAGCCUGCAGCAAGGGUACCACACGAGGGAGGAGGAUGUCUUCCCUGUAACGCACAGCGUUGAGAUUGCCUGCAAUGAAAACAAGUUCAGUCUGAUGAUGCUAUGGCACACCGCCCCAGACCAUGACGGACCCUCCACCUCCAAAUUGAUCCCACUCCAGAGUACAGGCCUCAGUGUAACGCUCAUUCCUUCAUCGAUAAACUCUAGAAAUGGCAGAGGUGGCCUUCCAGAAAAAGACAAAGCAUUCUGGACCAGGGCUUCCUUGGUGAUCUGGAUUGUAUUCAGGACUAUUGUUGGCUUCCUCCUGAGAUACACAGUCAUCAUCUCUACAUACUGA